UUUGUUCCCUUUCUCAUAUAUUAGGAGAAGUCGUCUGUCUACUCCCUCUUUUGAUCAUCAAUAAUACUAAUUUGUUCAUCGACAAUGGCUCUUCAGAUUGCGAAAAGACUUCUUCGGAGCCCUGCUAAUUCAGCUGCACCGUCUAUUAGGUUUUUGGAUCGGAGCUUCACUUCCGAAUCCAAUUCCAACUUGAUCCGCGCUACUCUUUUCCCCGGCGAUGGUAUUGGACCUGAGAUCGCCGAGUCCGUCAGGCAGAUAUUCAAGAUUGCUGAGGUACCAAUUGAAUGGGAAGAACACUAUGUGGGGAAGGAGAUAGACCCUAGAACCAACAGCUUUCUAACAUGGGAAAGUCUUGAAUCAGUGAGGCGGAAUAAGGUUGGUUUGAAAGGGCCAAUGGCCACUCCUAUUGGAAAAGGUCAUCGUUCCUUGAACCUUACAUUGAGGAAGGAGUUGAAUCUAUAUGCCAAUGUUAGACCCUGCUACAGCCUACCUGGAUAUAAGACUCGCUAUGAUGAUGUGAAUCUCAUCACUAUUAGAGAGAACACUGAAGGAGAGUACAGUGGUCUUGAACAUCAAGUAGUAAGGGGUGUGGUUGAAAGUCUCAAAAUCAUCACCCGUCAAGCAAGUUUAAGGGUUGCAGAGUAUGCAUUUCACUAUGCCAAGACCCAUGGAAGAGAGAGAGUGUCUGCAAUUCACAAAGCCAACAUCAUGCAAAAGACAGACGGUCUUUUUCUUAAGUGUUGCCGAGAGGUCGCAGAGAAGUAUCCUGAGAUUAAGUAUGAGGAAGUUGUCAUUGACAAUUGCUGUAUGAUGCUUGUGAAAAAUCCAGCACUUUUUGAUGUUCUGGUGAUGCCUAACCUCUAUGGUGACAUAAUCAGUGAUCUUUGUGCUGGUUUGAUUGGUGGUUUGGGCUUAACUCCAAGUUGCAAUAUUGGUGAGGGAGGUAUUGCUCUAGCUGAGGCCGUGCAUGGUUCAGCACCUGAUAUUGCCGGAAAGAAUUUGGCGAAUCCAACUGCUUUGCUUUUGAGUUCUGUGUCUAUGCUUCGUCAUCUAGAGCUUCAUGAUAAAGCUGACCGCAUCCAAGAUGCCAUCCUAAAAACAAUUGCAGAGGGAAAGUACCGAACAGGCGACCUUGGAGGUACAGCAUCAACAACUGAGUUCACGAAUGCCAUCUGCGAUCAUCUUUGAACAUGUUGGUCCAUGUGUAUAUUAUAUUUUGCAAAGCAAAUGUGUCUUUCAAAGAUGCAAUUGAAAUUGCUUUUGGCGAUUUAAAACUACAUUUCCUUGGUUUUUAUAGAAAUUUGCAUAAUGGGGAAUAUCAGAAUUGAUUCUCAAAGGAUAUAUUUCAUUGAAUAGCAUCGACAACCGUUAAUGGGUGGCUUUCAGGUUAAUUUUAAAGAAAUAAGAGAUUCAUCUUGUUGUUAGUUCAA